UCUACUCUUUCUCUCUAAACCAAAAACAAAAAAAUGUCUUCUUCAGUUCAGAGCGGUCAUUUAAAUCUGGGAGCUUUAUGCAAGUAUAUAGUCAUUUCAGGUACAUUUCUCUUCUUCUUUUACUUAGUUUUUUUCGAUACAAAUCAUCACGGUGAUCACCAUUACCAACCUUAUUCCGAUCUCUUAGAAACCCUAAAGCAAAAACUACCAAAACCUUCUUGUUCUACAACAACUCCGACCAAUAUUAGCCACCUUGUGUUCGGAGUCAUUGGCUCCAUGAACACAUGGAAGCGCAAAAGAUUCUACUCCACAGCUUGGUGGAGACCAAACGUGACUCGAGGACAUGUCUUUCUAGAUAGAGCUCCAACCAAGGAGUUUCUACCAUGGCCGCCAUCUUCUCCUCCUUUCGAAAUCAGCGAAAACAUAACUAUGAGAAAAAUUUACCCCAAACUCGCCUCGCCAAUCCAAGUUCGGAUGUUGAGGACGAGUUUGGAGAUGUUCAGACAGGGUGACGAGAAUGUCAGAUGGUAUGUCGUUUGCGACGACGACACCGUUUUAAUGGUGGAUAACUUGGUUGAGAUUCUAAGCAAGUACGACCAUACCAAGUACUAUUAUAUUGGAACUAGCUCAGAGAGUCUCAGCUCAGACUUUGGAUUGUCGUUCGACAUGGCUUUUGGUGGAGCUGGUUACGUGUUGAGUUACCCUUUGGCUUCAAUGGUGGCUUCAACCUUGGAUAGUUGUAUUGAGAGAUAUCCCUUUAUAAAAUUCAGUGAUUUCUUUAUGUAUACUUGUUUGGCUGAUCUUGGAGUUGCUUUAACUCAUAACAAUGGCUUUCAUCAGAUUGAUUUAAGGGGUGACAUAUCAGGGUUUCUAUCAGCACAUCCACAGACACCAUUCCUCUCCCUCCACCACAUGGACAACAUCAACCCAAUCUUUCCGACCACGAAGGACCAACCCACCGCCAUCAACCACCUCAUGAAGGCUGCAAAUGUCGACCAGUCCCGCCUUCUCCAGCAGACCAUAUGCCACCACCGCCCCACCAACUGGACCUUCUCGGUCGCCUGGGGCUACUCCGCCCAUGUCUACGAAUCCAUACUCCCUCGCAGCUUUCUCCGCAAACCACUCCAGACGUUCAGGGACUGGUCCGGUGGAAGACCUCCGCGCAGCGUUAUCAAUCCACGGUGGCCCACCAACGAUCCUUGCCAAGCCCCUCAUGCCUUCUUCUUCGACUCCAUAAACGACGACGAUAAUGGAGUCGUUAUCACCACUUAUGUGAGAGCCUCUCCUCGUGGUUUGCCGGCGGCUUGUUCUUCCAGCGGUAACCAUUCUGCCGAUCACAUCGACAGAAUUCGGGUGUUUUCUCUGGCCAAACUACCCUUGGAGGCCGGAGGAAGAGAAUGCUGCGACGUUGUAUAUGCAGCCGGAAUGGACACUACUACGGAGGUCAGAUACAGGGCAUGCUUGAACCAAGAAGUCACUGCCUAGCCUAUACCUAUAUAUAUAUAUAUACAAUAUAUAUAUAUAUAUAUUUAACAUGACUAGUCAGAUAAAGAUGUAUGAAUUUUUUGACGGAUUAAUAUAUGCUAAAUUUUGUUAAAUUCCCAAAACUUGUAAUUUUCAUUUGUAAUAAGUUUUGAAAUCUGAAUUAUUGUAGUGACAUAUAUAUGAGCUAUAUAAAUAUAUUCGUUUGUACAUUU